CUUCUUUCAGUUGCAUAUUUAUCUCUGCAUAUCAGUGUCCAUGACUAUGAUGUCACACAGCUUCAAUUAAACAGCUUAGCAAAUCCCGCGAGGAACAAUUAAAAUGAUCUAUAAUCAUCGACUAAUUUACCGAUGAUCAAGCAUUUAAUUGGAGCAUCUAAUUGGCGCAUCGCAUUUCCGCCUUCUUUGUGUGAUUAAAGUUUAAAACAGUGACUGAAAUACUGAGAGCAAAUGAAAGCAGCAACAACAUAUAAUUAAGGAGCCUUGUUAUCUUCUCCAACAUUUCUCAUUUUCACUAAACCUUUCUUUCUGAAUCUCCCUUCAUGGCUGGAGGACAAAGUCGAAGAAAGCUCAACAAACCAUGUAUUCUCCUCAUAGUGAUAGCGGGAAUGGAGAGAUUUGCAUUCAAAGGAGUGGCGUCAAACUUAGUGACAUAUUUAACAGAUGUGGUUAAAAUGAGCAAUUCAGCUGCGGCAAAGAUGGUUAACAAUUGGAUUGGUAUUACGUCUAUGCUGCCACUGCUGGUUGCUCCACUAGCUGAUUCUUAUUUGGAUCGUUACACCACUGUGUUGGCUUCUUCUUCUUUAUAUUUUGCCGGUCUUUUAGCUUUGACAUCAUUAGCAUUACACUGGCCAUGGACUUCUACGGACAAAUCGGGUUUCUCGUCAUCCUUACAAUGGUCUCUGCAUUUAAUUUCACUAGGCCAAGCGGGUUACAACCCGUCCUUACAAGCUUUUGCAGCGGACCAAUUGGAUGACGAAGAGGAAUUGCCAUGUACAAAAAAUGACCAGAGCACCAAGAAGAAGAGCACAUUUUUCCAGUGGUGGUAUUUUGGCAUUUGUUGUGGCAGUCUACUUGGAGUUUCUGUCAUGUCAUACAUACAGGAUACAUUAGGAUGGGGAUUAGGUUUCGCCAUUCCCUCUAUUGCCAUGAUAGUAUCGGUUAUAGUCUUCAGAUUUGGAAACCGAUUUUAUACACACAACAACGAUGGCGAAAUUAUUCAUAUCAAGUCACUGGGUGAUAUAGUUAAAUCUAUUAGAGCGGCUACGUCAAGAUUGACCUGUGGUGAGAUCGCUGUACCACAUACCAAUAAGUCAAAGGCUGUUGAGAUCGAACUUGAAAAUACACCACUCUGCCAACAAGAUUCAGGCAGCAUCGAGGGUGCCGAUAAAAAAACAGAGAAUGGGGUGGUCAAAAUUUUAAAAGUAAUACUACCUCUACUGCCAGUAUGGACUAUGCUUCUGAUGUUUGCUGUGAUUUUUCAACAACCUGCAACAUUUUUCACUAAACAAGGUAUGACAAUGAAGAGAAACAUUGGAAGCAACUUCCGAAUUCCACCAGCUGCUCUUCAAAGUUCAAUCACCAUAUCUAUAAUCCUUCUCAUGCCUCUGUACGACACGUUCUUUAUCCCCUUCAUUCGUGUUUUGACACGCAAUGAGAAAGGUAUCACUGUGAUGCAGAGAAUGGGAAUAGGUAUGUUCCUUUCAGUAAUAGCAAUGAUAAUUGCAGCUGUUACCGAAAGAAAAAGACUAGAUAUUGCCAGAAAUAUGGGGACUUCAACUUUAGAAGAUGUGCCAAUGAGCAUAUUCUGGUUGCUGCCUCAAUACAUUCUCUUGGGAAUUUCAGAUAUAUUCACAGUUGUUGGUAUGCAAGAGUUCUUUUAUUCUGAAGUUCCAAUAAAUAUGAGAACUUUAGGUAUAGCCCUUUAUACUAGUGUAUUCGGGUGUGGUAGUUUCUUCAGCUCAUUCCUUAUAACCGUGAUUGAACAUUUGACAAGUUCAAUAGGAGAAAAGCAGAACUGGUUCGCCGAUGACAUGAGAAAGGCCCGUUUAGAUAACUACUACUGGUUUCUGGCCUUGUCAAGUGCUGCCAGUUUCUUGAUGUUUAUGAUUUUCUGUCGAUUUUAUAGGAGCAGGACAGUUACAGUUAUCUGAGUGUUGUAGUGACUGAUUGCUUGUUAUUGUCGAAUGCUAUAUUUUGCGAUGUGAGUGAACAUUCAUUUCUAGUAGAAAUUGAAGGUUCUGCACUUGUAUAUAGUCAACACUGUAUAUAAGGAAGAUAAAACUUUGAAUUCCUAUUUA